AUGCGCAAUGGUGGUGGUGGAGACUUAACGGGCGAUGGUGGUGGAGGAGACUUAAUUGGCGGUGGUGGAGACUUAACGGGAGAUGGUGGUGGUGGAUACUUAGCAGGAGGUGGUGGAGACUUAACGGGCAAUGGUGGUGGUGGAGACUUAGCGGGAGGUGGUGGCGACUUAAGGGGCAAUGGUGGUGGUGGAGACUUAACUGGAGGUGGUGGAGACUUGACAGACGAUGGUGGUGGAGGAGACUUAGCAAAAGGUGGUGGUGACCAACCAGCCAAUCCAGUAUAUCAUGAUAGGACUAAACACAUUGAGAUUGAUUGUCAUUUUAUAAGAGAAAAAAUCACACAAGGGUUAGUAUCCACCAAGUACAUUCCUACAUAA